AUGGAAGGCCCCUUGGACUUCCAUCCUCCUCUGGACGGGUACCGCUUCAUAUACAUGAUUGGCUGGGGCGGCUUCGGCCUGGUGAAGCUGGCCCGGCACCUGGCGUCAGGCAGGUACGUGGCCGUGAAGAUCCUCCUGCGAGACGCCUCUCCCUUCAGCCCACUGUCCGCGCAGAGGGAAGCGGACAUCCUGAGGAGCCUGCGGCACGACAACAUCGUGCGGCUGCUGGAGGAGCGACACACCAGGAAGCACCUGUUCCUGGUCAUGGAGCUGGCGACCAGGGGCUCGCUCCAGCACUACGUGCUGCGCCAGGGCGGCCUGGCUGAGGCCGAGGCCAGGGCCCUGUUCGGCCAGGCGCUGGCCGCUGUGAGCUACUGCCAUGGCCAGCGUGUGGCGCACCGGGACCUCAAGCUGGGCAACCUGCUGCUGGACGAGCACAUGAAGAUCAAGCUGGCAGACUUCGGACUGAGCCUGCGGCUGGAGCAGGGCACGCUGGUAAAGGGCUUCUGGGGGACCCCCGAGUACUGCGCACCAGAGGUUUUCCGCGGGGAGGCCUACGACGCCUUUAAGGCCGACGUGUGGAGCCUGGGGGUGGUGCUGUUUGCCAUGCUGGAGGCCACGCUGCCCUUCCCUGGCAAGGACACGGACAAGGUGCUGCAGGACACGGUGCUGUGUGGUAUCUACGUGGUGCCACGUGGCAUCAGCCCGGCCCUGCAGGAGCUGCUGGUGUGGCUGCUCACCGUCGACGCCUCGGGGAGGCCCAGUGCGGAGGACGCCAGGACCCACGGGUGGUUCAGCCCCGGCCGAGAAGCCGCCCAGGAGGACGAGGAGGACGCGGUUGCCCUGCUGCAGCCCCUGGGCGUUCCCCAGGACCCAGAGGCCAGGGAGUACCUGGCGGGCCUCGGCCUGCUGCCAGGCAUGGGGACCGAGGGGACGCCAGUCCCUCAGCCCCAGGACCCCGCGUCCCUGCCCAAGUCCUCGCAGAGUAGCAAGCGUCCCCCCAUAGAGGACGACGGCUUGGCUCUGGUGUCGGUGUCCAGUGACAGCAUGGCCGUCGACGUUUCCUCCGCACAAAGCGACUCCUCCGAGGCCCCCAGCCAGCCACAGCAGGAGAGGAGCCCUACUCCCAGCGCUGCCCCCGACUCCCCCAAAGUCUCUGGCCAGCCACAGCAGGAGAGGAGCCGUGCUCUCAGCGCCACCCCCGACUCCCCCAAAGUCUCUAGCCAGCCACAGCAGGAGAGAAGCCCAACUCCCAGCGCAGCUCCCGACUCCCCCAAAGUCUCUGGCCAGCCACAGCAGAAGAGCCCUACUCCCAGCACAGCCCCCGAGCCAGCCUCCAAGGAGUCGCCCUCCAGCCCCAGUGCCAGGAGCCAUGUGGACCUCGCAGAGCCAGAAGCCGCCGCAGCUGCCCGUGAGCCUGAGGGGGCUGGGACCGCAGCCACCGCAGCCACCGCUCACGCCACAGACACCACAGCCAGCGCCCAGGGCAAGAGGCAGGGCCGGCGCGGGGUCGGCAGGAGGAUCCUCCGGUUCCUGCUGAGGGCCUGCUGCAUCCUGCCUUCCCGAGGGAGCAGCGUGGCCCCCAAGUAG